GCCAUGGCCCUCAGCGGACUAUCCAGCCGGACUCUGGCUGUCACGCUGCUGACCUUGCUCCUGGGAGGCCCGGCACUGGCCUCAGAGAUUGUUGGUGGCCGGCCAGCCCGGCCCCACGCUUGGCCCUUCAUGGUGUCCCUGCAGCGGCGUGGAGGUCACUUCUGUGGCGCCACACUCAUUGCCAGAAACUUCGUCAUGUCAGCAGCCCACUGUGUGAACGGCCGAAAUUUCCAGUCGGUGCAGGUGGUGCUGGGAGCCCACGACCUGCGGCGACGGGAGCCCACUCGACAGACGUUCUCUGUGCAGAGGAUCUUCGAGAAUGGCUUUGACCCGUCUCGUCUACUGAAUGACAUUGUGAUUAUCCAGCUCAACGGCUCGGCUACCAUUAACACCAAUGUGCAGGUGGCACAGCUGCCUGCCCAGGGCCAGGGCGUGGGUGACAGAACCCCAUGUCUGGCCAUGGGCUGGGGCAGAUUGGGCACAAACAGACCGUCGCCCAGCGUGCUCCAAGAGCUCAAUGUGACAGUGGUGACUAACUUGUGCCGCCGUCGUGUGAAUGUAUGCACACUGGUGCCACGCCGACAGGCAGGCAUCUGUUUUGGGGAUUCUGGCGGACCUUUGGUCUGUAACAAUCUUAUCCAAGGCAUUGACUCCUUUAUCCGGGGAGGCUGCGGAUCUGGCUUCUACCCAGAUGCCUUUGCCCCCGUGGCUGAGUUUGCAGAUUGGAUCAAUUCUAUUAUCCGAAGACAUGAUGACCGGCCCCGCACCCAUCCCAGAGACUGAGAGACCAACUAGGACAUCUGUCCUCCCCUGCUCCCCUUCACUCCCCCACCACAGACCUCAGGGACCCUCUCCACUUUACCACAAUAAAAGCAACCUUU